AUUAUUUUUUACACCAGAGAUUAUGAAUAUUUACUAGUUUUUAAAAUUACUCAAUCAUGUUGAAUAUUUCAUUGAGAUUAAGUGCAAUCAAGAGAAUAUUUUCUAAUGGCAUUGCGGCAUCAUCCAGCCGAUAUGUCUCGACAGAUACAGGAGAAUCUAAUAUAUAUGAACUUCGAAAGUAUUCAUUAACACCACAUGGCAUGCCAAAGUUUUUAGAGUUAUUGGAGAAAAAUUAUCAUCUCCGAACCCAACAUUCUCCUUUUUGGGGGUAUUGGAUUGCAGACUUGGGGGCUUUGAAUCAAGUCAUACAUAUUUGGGAAUAUGAAAACUUUGCCCACAGAACCGCUGUAAGAACUGCUUUAGCGAAAGACAAGGAGUGGCAAGAAUCAUUUGUUCAAAAAGCAUUUCCAUAUGUCGCUCAUCAAACUAAUUCUAUCGUCUUGAAAGCUAAUUGGUGCGAUUUACACAUGGAUAAGACUGACACAGGAUGCUUUGAACUAUCAACAUAUGGAAUGAGGGUUGGAGGUCCUCGGGUUUGGGAAGAAAAUUUGAAAAGUUCAUUGCUUGCGCAUGCAAGACUUGAAUAUGCGGACUUGAUUGGAACUUGGUAUACGGAUGUCGGAGACCACAACACAGUUGAAGUGUUAUGGAGGUAUGAAUUGGCUGAUGCCAGAAGAGAAGGACGAAACAAAGCUCACAGUGACAGAAUUGUCGUUAAUAAAGUGAGGGACAACUUGAAGAAUGUCGUGAGUCACCGAAACGUUCUGAUGUCACCAUUGCCAUUCCUGAAACGUUAAAUUAAAUAUAUUUCGUUGUUUUAUCUCAAUAUUAAACAGAUUAUUCAGAACAUAGCUUA